AUGAUACUCCUCAACGGCAUGCUCACUGAUGCCAACCUCCCCGGAGUGGAGAAGGUUUGCGUGACAAUGGUGCACAGCAGUUGGCUGGAGGUGCCAAUGCACAAGGUGUCCAAGGAGGACAUCGGAUAUGAAGGAGAUCUUGCGGGGCCUGGAUGCACCUUUAUGGUCAAAGGAAUUUGGAUUCCAUGGAAAGCCGAGCUGACAAACACGGUUCCGCUGCUGCGACUUUUGGUCAACAGGAUUGAAAAGGACUGGGUGGCGCUUCCAGUCAAGCAGCUUUCUCAACAGUUGCUCCAGACGACAUGGCAACAGUGCCAGCUGCAAGUCGAUGCCGACAUGAUGAAGCUCAAAGAUUGGCAGAAGGAGUUCCAUCUCUACGCCCAACAGCAGGUGCAGCAAAGAGGAGUGGGCGCCACGGUGAAUAUCAUAAAGCGGCUCAUCAGCGGAGUGGCCAAGGAACCACAAAAUCUGUUGGUGGUCGACUUGCUGCCUUCGAGGUUCGCAGAAUGGUCUUUGGCGUGCUGGGAGAUUCAGCAAGCCUUUCUGCUGGAUGAGGACUCCAGCCUUAAUGUUCGAUUCUUGGGUGUCUAUCAUGAUGAUAAUGCAAAGGAUCUUUCAACAUCCUGUGAUGCAUUGGCUGGAAAAGCGCUCUCUGGCUUCUGGGACAAGUCUGACAAGGCCGGCCCCAAGUCCCGUGCCUCGAGCCCCUUUCACAGGGAGCUCCCCACCCUGGAGUGCUUGGCAAUCGUGGAAGGGGAAAUCAAGCUCUUUGCACGCGUUAGGCAUCCCAAUCUCAAGGAUCUCAUGGCACGCAUCAAUGAUGACACCGAGAUUGUCCAGGCUGUGAAAUCUUUUCAUGGAGGAGCGACCAGGCCUUCAAGCAGUGCCACGCCAGCCACCGAGACUCGGACCUUGGCAAACCCAGAAUGGAAUGGUGAUGGACCCCCCAAUGUGCGCUCGAAGCUUGCUUUGACUGCUGUGACUACCAGUGCAUUCGAGAGUUCCACAACGUGGCUAGGUUGGUCGCUUCAGCAGACCUUGGCAGAGUUCCAGGUGUCCACUGAUGGGACAAAUCGAUCCCUGCAGUACCGCUACGUCGUCACCCCGAGCACCAUGGUCAAUGCAUUUAAGGGCAAGGACCUGGUCAAGGAGCAACACAAUGUGAACAAGUUCCGGGCACCCCAGCUGGGUGCGUUAUUCAAUGGGCGACUCUCGCAGCUGCCUCGGGGAAAGAAUGCCAGCAUCGUUUGGGAGGUGAAGGUUGAUGAGUCUGUGCCAGCAGUGCUGACUCCGCUGAAGCCCAAGUACUAUCUUUUGGGUACGGCGUCUAUCAAAGAUGGACAUGCUGUCAAGCUGGGCUGA